GUAAACUUGUAUUGGUUUCGCUUUCAGUUUGCAACGUGACUUACAUUUGCAGAUCUACAAGUCAACUUUUAAGAAGCAAAACCAAUGUCACGUGCCGCUGAAGGAAGUCAUUUCAAAUAAACACCGUGUGGUUUUAAUAAUGUGACGUUUUAGAACGGAGACAUGUUUAAGAAUUGUCAAAAGUUGUACCAAACGACAAGAACCUUAUGUAACUUGAAUUUCCUCCAGUUACAGCCAAACCGAGUAUAUUCAAAAAGGAUCAAGUGGAGUAGAAGGAGAUUUUACAGUACGAAAAAUAGGAAAACAGAGAAUAUAGACCUAACUGAUUUUCCACCAGAGAGAAUUAGAAAUUUCUGCAUUAUAGCUCAUGUUGACCAUGGGAAGAGUACCUUGGCAGACCGGAUGCUAGAAAUCACAGGUGUGAUACCAGAGAACCAGAAGAAUGAGCAGGUGUUGGACAAGCUACAGGUGGAGAGAGAGCGAGGAAUCACAGUGAAGGCGCAGUCUGCCAGUCUCUUCUAUGAUGUGGAUGGCACAACCUACCUCCUCAAUCUUGUGGACACACCUGGCCAUGUAGAUUUCAGCUAUGAGGUUUCCCGAUCCCUGUCUGCAUGUCAGGGGGUGAUACUUCUGGUAGAUGCCAAUCAGGGAGUGCAGGCGCAAACAGUGGCCAACAUGUACCUAGCAAUAGAAGCAGGAUUGGAGAUCAUACCAGUUUUAAACAAAAUUGACUUAAAGGGAGCUAAUCCAGAGCUGGUUUCUGAACAAAUACAGGCCCUUUAUCCUGUCACAGAUGAGGAAAUUCUCAAGAUUUCAGCAAAAUUUGGAAAAGGUGUUGAUGAAGUUAUAAAGGCUGUGAUAAAAAGAAUUCCCUCGCCUCCAGCUGACCCACAGAAGCCUUUAAAGGCUCUGGUGUACGACUCGUGGUAUGAUAAGUUUAAGGGGAUUAUAUGUAACAUAGCUGUCAAGGAUGGAUCUGUUUCUAAAGGUGAUAAAGUAACAUUCUGUCAUGCUCUUAAGAGUUUUGAUAUUCAGGAAGUUGGACUUCUUCAUCCAGAGCAGACCCCUACAAACAUGCUGUUAUCAGGACAAGUGGGGUAUGUGAUUGCCAAUGUGAAGAGCAACACCGGAACACUGGUUGGGGACACAAUGUGUCAUAAGUCUGCUCCAGUAGAUCCACUCCCGGGUUUUAGACCUGCCAAACCCAUGGUAUUUGCUGGAAUUUAUCCUGUAGAUCAGUCACAGUACACUAAACUACGUGAAUCUAUCACUAAGUUAACAUUUAAUGAUUCCAGUGUUAGCAUGGCCCAGGAUUCUAGCGCUGCUUUAGGAGCUGGGUGGCGCCUAGGCUUUUUAGGCCUUCUACACAUGGAUGUGUUCAAACAGAGACUGGAACAAGAAUUUGAUGCUAAUUUGAUUAUUACGGCCCCUAAUAUACCAUAUAAAGUUAAGAUAAUUGGUGCUAAAAAUAUUAAGCAAUACAAAGGUGAAGAAGUUGUAGUCCUCAAUCCAUGCAAGCUCCCAGAUCAAGCCAUUAUCUCGCAGUAUUAUGAACCAAUGGUCCGAGCCACUGUCGUUUAUCCUGAUAUUUACGUAGGAGAGGUGCAGGCAUUAAUAACAGAGAGACGGGGUCGCACGGAGAACCAGACAUAUCUAGAUAACUCACGAGUCAUUCUUAAAGUCAUUUUCCCUCUUAACGAGAUCCUCAUCGAUUUCUUUGAUGCACUUAAGUCUGUAACCAAAGGAUAUGCUAGUUUUGAUUAUGAAGACUAUGGGUAUGAAGAGACUAAUUUGAGCAAGGUUAGUUUUACUGUUAACACUGUGGAGGUGGAAGAGAUGACUGUCCUCUGUCACUCCUCUAGUGCUCAGACAUUGUGUCGGAAAAUCUGUGCUCGUCUCCAGGAAGCAAUACCUCGACAACAGUUCAAAGUUCAGAUUAAAGGUCAAGUGAACAAUAAGCACAUCUGUACUGAAGUGGUGAACCCCUAUAGAAAAGAUGUUACCCAAAAACUGUAUGGAGGAGAUGUGACAAGGAGAAAUAAACUGCUAGCCAAGCAGGCGCAGGGCAAGAAGAGGAUGAGGAGCCUGGGAAAUGUUCAAGUGCCAAAAGAUGUAUUUAUAAAAGUCCUUACUCAAAAAUAAAAAAAAGUUUAUUUUUGAAA